AAAAAAUUACAAGCGACCGAGAAAACCUUGCAAGAGACAGAGAAAAAGGCCGCUGAAGGGGAGAAGAAGGUUGUUGAGGCUGAGAAAAAGGCCGCUGAAGGGGAGAAGAAGGUUGUUGAGGCUGAGAAAAAGGCCGCUGAAGCGGAAAAGAAGAUCACUGAGGCAGAGAAAAAGUUCACCGACGCUGAAAAGGAGUUAAAAGACACUCAGAAAAGACUAAGCGAAGCCGAUGCCAAACUCAAAACGGCCACACAAAAAAAGAACGACGCGGAAGAAUCUCUCAAGGUGGCCAAGGACAUGUUAAAUCAACGCGAUGUUGAACUCGCUGCCUCUCAUGCCUCGCUUGAAGAAUCCGAAGAGAAAUCCAAAAAAUACGCUCUCAUGCUCACAAAGACCAAAAAACAAAUCCUCAAACUCGAAAAGGAGAAAUCAGAUACCACCGAUGACCUCAAACAUCAAUUAAGCUUGCGCUCACAAGAGCUCGAUCAAGCCAAAUCAGAACUUACACGUUCCCAAGCAAAAUUACAAUCCACUCAGUCCGAAAUCAACAUCCUCCAACGCGAACGCAAAGAAGCCGUGGACGAAAAAAAUCGCAUGUUCGAUGAGCUCCAAAUCAAACAAGCCGAAUUCGAAAGCUCUCAAAGUAACGCUGAAAAUUUACAACACCGUCUCAACGAGUCGCUUCGCUUGGUCGAAGAGGCCAAUGAAAAGAUCGCGGCUCUCGAAGAGUCUCACGUUGCGGUGGAAGAGGCUAAACACUCGGCGGAUGAAAGACAAAAACAAUGGCACGAACAGAAAAAGAGACUGGAGCAAGACUUGAAAGAGAGAUCAGAUCAAUUGCUUCAAUUACAACAACAACUCAAACAGUCUCACGACUCCUUUGAAAACCUCACUUCUCAAACAAAAUCAUUGACUCAAAAAAUUCAAACCCUAGAAUCCGAUAAAGAUCAAACAAGUAAACAAUUGAAAUCUCUAGAAAAUGAAAAACUCGAUUUGUCACAGAAAUUAAAAUCCAUGCAAGUUGAUUUAUCUCAAAACCAACAAACGUUGACCGAAAAGAAAGAUCUUGAGGAUCAAUUAAAAUCAUGCAACGAAAAAAUACAAGCACUAGAACAAGGUCAAAGUAAAGAAAUAGAAGACCUUCGAGCGAAGGAAGGCUAUCUUAAAACCUUGAACAAGACACUCAAGGAAGAAAUCCGUAAGCUUUCCAGAGUCCCAUCGCAGCCCGUGAUGGUAUCUGAACGUGCCAAAUCCCCUACUCCUGAGCCUAAAUCCAAUUUUGCCACCCAACAACAACAACAACAACAACAACAACAAUCUCCACUCUUACGCUCUGGAUCUGUCACUUCCAUCCGUAGUAUGCGUGAAGAGGAAGAAAUCAAUUUAGAAUAUCUACGUAAUGUCAUUGUCAAAUUUUUAGAAUCCAAAUCCACUCGCGCUCAAUUAAUACCGGUCUUGACCAUGAUGUUGAAAUUUACACCCGAUGAAGUAAAGCGACUAAAUCACGCUGCUUAAAAAAAAAAUCCUCAUACACUUUAAUAAUAAAUAACUUUAUAGCCGGCCAA